UUGUAAACGCCAUUUGUAAUACAUAAUUAGUGUGUCAGACCUAUCGGUUUUUCAUGUCAGACUAUAUGCGCCAACAAGUUACAUUUAUAGGAUAAUUCAUUUAGGUCAGUGGUGAAAAACAAAUAUUUGGAGAAAAUAAAGCAGUUUAACGCGAAUAUGAUAUUUUACUAAAGUAGAUCUAGGUCAGUAUUUGAUAAUAUCAAAAUCUCUCAGCAUGCUUAUGCCUAUGACAGAAAAUGGAAGAUAAGCGUCUUGAGGGAAACACUUUCGGCCAGCCAUUAAAAGAAGAACAUAAUGUAGAAAACAGAGGCGAAAAUACACAGUAUACUGAACAGUCUAUUAAUAGGAAAGGUCUUCUAGCAGAGGUGCAUAAGAUCGGAGCUUCAAGACUUGUUGGCUUCCUAUACUGGACAAAUUUAGCUGCCAUAUGUUUAUUAAUGAUUGGUUUUGUUGCUCCAGGCUGGGCAACAUUUACAGCGAAUCACCGUCUAUAUUAUCAUGAAUAUUCUUACAAGAAAACAGAGUCCGACUACAAAGCUACGUACAAUGUUUACCAAGAUUAUGCACUAUGGUAUAUGACUCAAUGUGUUGACUAUGAUGAAUAUGAUGAUGUAGACGACAAAAAAUGUGAGACAAUGACAUAUCGGACAAUAAGAAAUGUAUACAGGGACAAAUAUAACGACUUAAGUAAAAUUGAAAUAGGGGAUAGAGAGCUUGAAGGAGAUGAUGAUAUGUGCCUGUUUCGUGGAGCAGGACUUGUUAUGAGUCAUGCAAAGAUCACCCGUGUACAGACGUUGUAUACAGCUGGCUCUUUGCUCUCCAUUGCCACAUUAUAUAUAUGGACUUGGUAUCGUAAUGAGCUCGCAAGUGGUAAAUUCAGAAAAUUUAGUAGAUUGAAGUGGUUACUGAUGUUAACUGUGUCUGCUGUAUCAGCUGCAACCUUACUCAUCUCUGUGACAAUGAUUGCAUCGGUACGAGCAGAUGUUUUCAGCGGAGAAAAUCCCGAGAAUUUGGAAGCAUCUUUAGGGUCAGUAUUUGCGGGUCUUGGCGGAGGAUUGAUGGCCUUGAUGACUGUCCUCAUAUUUAUGCAACUCAUAUGCUGCAGAACACCUGGCACAUAUAUCUGUAGCUGCACAGAUGAGCCCGGGGACGGUGCUUAUUUGUAGUGAAGUAAUUGUAGUUAUAUAUAUUAUAUAUAUAUAUUAGCCGAUUGACUUUGCUCUUCUCUGUGGAUUUAUUCCUUUCAUUUUCACAUACAGCUUUUUAAGGAAUCCCAUUGAGGUCUAAACGGCUAAAAACAUAAAAUUUGAGUUUCAUACAUAGUUCAUCUUGGGUCCUUAAAAAAAUAUGCAAAAGAUUAUUAAGAAUAUUCUUUCCCCGAUUCUCAAGUGGAAAGCAUUGCAAUGCUUUCAAUUACAAUAAGAAUAAAAUUAUUCUGGAAACUUGAGUGAGCGAAUAACCUGAUAUGUUGCACUAGAGUUAUUUAUUUAGACCUACAUUAAUAUGGAACAUUAAUCAAACAACGUUUUGCAAUACCGGCACUCAGUGGAGUCUCUUUAAGGGGUUAAAGACCAUCCAUUUUAUUACAAACGUAGAAUAAAUUGUGUACGUACAUGUACAUGUAUUACAUGUUUAAUUAUCCUAUAAGUAAUUGCAAAUGUUUAAAUAUUAAAAUAUUUUCUUUUUUUUCUUUUCUUACCCCGAGUUUCAAGUGAAAAGCAUUGCAACGCUUUUCAUUCACAAUAGAAAUAAUUACUCUGAAAAACUUUUAGAAGUUUCGGAAUUCGGAAGUUACUGUGUACGAGUACUUAAGAGAAUUUUUGUUAAAAAUGUGUAUGUGUGUGUUUUCUUUAUCUUUUAAUAAAAGAAUUUUCAUGUUUAUAUAUUUAACUCUGAAAGCCUGUAUCUUUGAAGUUAUGUUGAGUGUAAUCAUUUUGUAUCGUAUUUGUUUAUAAUAAUUGUAUGUUUUACAGAUAAAAUAAAAAACGCUGACUUUUUUCAGAUUUAAGU